AUGGACUAUUACCAUGAGAUUGAUUUUCCAUCUUUAUUCGCGAGAGCAGUGGAAAGCGAUGACGAUGUGGGUACUACAUUGCGCAUUCACCUACUUUGUGAGCGCAUGGUCGAAGCAUGGAUAUGCGCAUGCUGUGACUGCCAAGAUCUCUUUGGAAGAGAUAAAAACAAACUUUUAAUCGAAUGUAAUACUAAAAUAUCCAUGGCGGGAAACCUGGGAAUCCCCCCGGAACUUAUGAAAUCACUUAAAACCAUCAACUCAAUGCGUAAUGACCUUGCACACAAUCCAUCAAUACAAAGCAUUGCUGAUUCAAGGAUCCAGAGCCUGAAGGAUACUCUGACUGAAUACUUUAAACAGCAUCCAACGGAACCCAGCAUGGAAGAAUCAAAACUGGGUAUUUUUAACGCCGAGAAUCAAUUAACCGAAGAAGUUUCCUUAGAUAGUGACAGUUCAAAAAACAGACUUAAGUUAAUCUUGCUGUUCAGCAAGUUAAUGCAGGCGUUAAUGCAAUUAGUUGCAGCUAAUCAUAAUGGGCGCUGGGAUAACCAAUUUAGCCAAUUCGUUUACCAUGUGACCAUGAACGCAACAAAGAGAUAA